CUAUACUAGCUUCAGACAAUUACCUUACCUCAAGUGCCGAAGUUUCCAACUGCCCUCCACCUCCUGCUGUUCUCAAGAACUGUUCAAACCUCACAUUCUCGAUUACGUCUUUCAAUAAUGUUCGGCAACGUUUUGUUAGAGUGCGAUACAACCAUAAGGACGUCGAUACUAGUGCGCUGCUGAAUGAACGAACUGAGUCGGAACUCAACUCUGGGGAGCGAUGCCUCUGCGCGAGGGAAAGCCACCUGAUAGAAACAGGAGAGCACCGCUAAACGUUCUUGUAAUCGGUGGUGGGCCUGCGGGUCUCGCGGUGGCAGCGCGACUCGCAGAAGAAAAUUGCAUCGUUUUAGAGGCCUCGCCCCAGCUCGCGGGCUGGGCUGCCUGCCUAGAGCCCAGCACAAGCCUUGAUGGUCAAGCAAAGGAGUCCCUGGUCUUCGGUAACAGUGCUUCUGACUCACGAGCACACGGCCUUACGGCAGGAGAUGUGGUGCGGAGCUUUGCAGACUUCGCGAACCGCCACGGCAUUGCUGAUCGAGCGUGCACCGGCUGUCGGGUGACCCGGCUAGAACUUGUUGCACCGGAAGACGGGUGCCGGGUUGACGGAAACAGCAGGGCCCGGGGUCGCAAGGACGGUGACACACCUUCCACUACUGGCGCUGUGCGUGCUGCUGACGCCGCCGCCGCCGCCAAUGCCGCGGGACGUGUUGAAUCGCGUGGCGAUGGCCUCGCUGCGGCUUCCGCCGCCAGCGCGCCCCUUCCUAAGCUGCCCGCAGCUGCGCUCGGGAACCUUGCGGCAGCCGCCAGCAGACGCGCUACCGUGCUGCGCAGCAGCUUUGACGCGGCAGGUGCUGCCACCAGCUCUAGCAGCGCACCAAUCCGGGACGGAAAGCCGCAGCAGGUGAGGGAGCAGGAGCUACUACAGCAGCCACCGCCGCCGCAACAGCCGAGGGGCCGAUGGCUGGUCACGUAUGUGGACAUGACCUGGGGCACCACUUGCCGCAUGUUCGCCGACGUUGUCAUUGUCGCAACUGGGGCGCCGCGGCUCUCAUUGACGCUGGCGGAAGCGGCCCAGCCUUCUGCCAGUAGUGGUGCCGGCGGCGGCGGUCGUGGUGGCGGUGGCGGUGGCAGCUCCAGCAACGUCUGGGACGCCCCGGCGGCACUGGCAGCAAGUGGCUCGGCAGAUGUUGCGUGCGGCGUGAACGCUAGGCCAGGGCCCGGGCUUGCGGCGGCAGCGGCGGGAGGCCGCAGCGCUAAUGGCACGAGCAGCAUCGCCGCCGCGGGCACUCAAGGCCAAUGCCAGCCGGCACGACAGGUGACCACGGACGACUUGCAGCGUGCUGCGAAGGUCACGGUCGUCGGCCAGGGCAUGGAUGCGCAUGACGCGGCAAGCGCGGCGGCGCUGUUGCGACAAGGUAAAGGCGUCUCCAUCCAGUUCGCAGACCUCGGCGACCAUUUGACAACGCCCACAUGCCGGCAGCAAGGGGAGGCCGGCGGUCCGCUGAGGAUGCAAGGCCAAGAGGACCUGCUGUCCUCCGCCCGGCGUCGCGCGCUGGCCGCCUCGCUGCAGCCGCACUACACCGCGCCGCAGCCCGGGCCGCUGGGCAAGGCGCUGCGGGCGCCCGCCAAGCGCCGCUUCUGGGCGCUCGUCAAGGACAAACUCACUUUGGGGCGCGGAGGUGGAGGCAGCAGCAGCAGCAGUGGCAGUAGCAGCGGUGGUGCGGGGGAGCACUUGGUGCUGUGGGCGCCCAGCCUGCAUGACCCCCGCUUCAUGCCGUUCCUGAGCGCACCGUUGCGGCAGGCAUUGCUGGGCGGAGCGGAUGGAGCCGAGGGGGCUGGCGACAUGGUUCUGUACCGUGGCAUGGUUCACCCGGACGUGCCUGGCCUGGCGUUCAUGGGGCUGGAGGCUCACGCCGGCAGUAGCCUGCUGCUGCUGGAGCUGCAGGCGCAGUGGCUGGCGGCUAACCUUGCUGGUCGGCUGGCGCUGCCGCCCGCCGCCGCCAUGCGCGCUGACGUGGCGGCCCAGCGUGUGUGGCGGUCCGGCGCGCUGGCGCACCCGCUCAUGUCGGUGGGCGGCUCGCUGGCGCGGAAGCACGAGCAGUGGGCGAUGCAGCAACUUCUUUCCGACCUUCACGACGUUGGCAUUACCUCCUACGGCGAGCCACCGGUACCCAGUCCCACCCGCGCCGCUGGAGGCAGCAGUAGCAAGAGCCUGGCAGGGUCCAGCCGCAAUUCGUCUCCGGCGGUACCUUCGUACUCGCGUCGGUCGAGCAGAGGUCGUGGCGUCGAGGGCCGCGGUGUCAUCACCUCCGCAUCCGCUGCCAGACGGCCUUCGGCAACCGCACCCAACGCUGCGAGCCCCGGUGAGCCGUCGGCUCCGAUCACAACGGAUGGGGAAGCAAUGAGCAGUGCCGAGGAAACAGCCGGUGGUGUGGCGCCUAACACCCCGGUGAAGGCGCCAUCCCGUGCCUCUGCGCACGUGUCAGCGGCUGCCAUAGUGCACGUAGCAGCGACGCCGGUUGCGGCCGCACCGCUACUGCAGCCCUCCCCGCUGGGUCCGCGGCGGACUCAGCGGCACAUGGCGGUCGUGGCCGAGGCCAUGGCGGCGGCGGCAGAGGCCUCCAAGUCCGCCGCUGCCGCUGUAGCAGCUGUCAUGGCGUCCAAAGCAGCGGCUACUGCCGCGACUGCUGCGCCCUCACGGCAGUCACCUGCAGUGCCUGCAGCUUUGGUUGCGAGUGGGUGGCCGCAGGGGCGCGUGGCGGCGGCGGCUGCGGCGCCCGCAUCGCCGCGAGCCUUCAUGUCCUUCCGUGUGGGUGCUCAGCCGCCGGUCAGGGAGCUGGCUCGGAAGUACCAUCAAACAGCACCGGGCGAGGCGGUAACGGGUGGUGGCCGCUACGGUGUCGGCGUGGACUCUGUGCUGAACUCCAGGGACUUGCUGCGGGUGGGCGCCGUGGCAGCACGCAACCGGAGGAGCCUGCUGCCUUCGCUGGGCUCGCCGCCGCCUGCUGCUGCCCGCUGCUCCUCCAAGCGUGCAUUGGGGUGGAGCCCAAGCUUCAGCCGCCUGAGCCACAACAGCAGGGACGAGGGCGAGGGCGGCUGCAGCAGCAGUGGCGGUGGCUUGGACGCUCGGGCUUCGGGCGGCUGGAGCAGUGGUGGCGGCAGCGGCAGGGGCGUGCAGAUUGGCAGAGGCAGCGGCGGUGGCAGCGGCGGCGCCGGGGCUGGAGCUGGCGGGUAUGUGGGGAUAGUGGGGGCCGUACAGCAGCGGCUGCGGCUGCAGGCGCUCAGAGCACCAGACGCGGAUACUGAUGGCGGCAUGAUGCACGCCUCUGGAGGCAGCAGCGGCGGCCAGCGUCAUCCAGGUGUGACUGCAGAUGUCGCACAUACCGGACUUGCUGCAAGCCCAGAUGGUGGUGCGAGCGCGUCAUCACAGUGCGGGCGGCUGGCCCCGUCCUCUGCGGUGUUCUUCCAUGCCACGCUGGGCUCGGCCGCCGCUGCUGCGCGCUCGUCACGCGACGCCGCCAGCAUCACGUCCGACUCGGGUGCGGGAGGCACUGCCGGCGACAGUCGAGAGUCACUGACGCCCAGCCUCGCGCUGCUGCCGUUGCCGCACGCGGCACCCCACGUGCCGCAUCGGCAGGGCCGGUCCCCUCCUCGCUCGCCGCGGCCGCCAUCGCGGCCAUCCUCGCCUCAGGCAGCAGACGAGCUGACGAGCCCAGAUGUGGCGCAGCUGUUGACGCCCCUCCAGCAGCCAGCUUCGUCGCAGCAGCAGCGGCAGGCAGCACUGGUAGCUUCCGGCAACACAGGAGAAGGCGGCGCAGCACUGGCGGCGACGGGAGCUGCUGACUACGCCAUGGCUGAUGAGCAAGCGGAGGGCAAGCUGCGUGCUGCUCGCGCUGACGGCUGUAGCGACACGCCUAGCCAGUCCACUGCACGCGCUACUGCUACUGCCUACCCGGCUGACGACCCCACCGUUGCCGCUCACUCGGCGCAAGCCGCAGCAGACGCCGCGGCGAGCUAUGCGCACGCGAUUGCGUCAGCGUCGCCGUUCUCCACCACUGCCGCGCCACCGUCGCCGCCGCGCACCUGGCACCACCAGUUCUUUAACCCGCGCCCGCGUGCAGCGGGGACCGUAGCCGCGGCGCAGCACCACCGUUUGCUGGCGCGAGUGGCGCCUGCCGCGGCAGAGGCGGGCGCAGCGGGGGGCUUGCUGGCGCAGGCUGCUGUUGAAGCGGCAGCGGCGGCUCGAUCGCCGCUGCCGGCGCCUCGCACAGUGAGUGUGUCUACCAUCAUCCGGGAGUUCCAGGGCCAACGGCUACAGCAGCAGCAACUGCGGCCCGAGGAGCAGCCGUUGCAGCGGCUGCUGAGCGAAUCCGCAGCAGAGCAGCAAUCUACGCCAGAGCUUCUUCCAAGCAUCAUGCUGGUGUCGCAGUCAUUGUGCGAUGCCCAUACGAGCCGGGAUGUGGCAGGCAGCUUGGAAUGUGUGAGGAUGGAGGGACCUCCGUCACAAGAAGGCUGCGCUGGGGCCAGCAGUGCAGCCGACGCAGCAGCCCCGCUUGCUGCUGCGGACACGCCUGCGGACGGUGGUGAUGCCGGAACGAUUCUAAUGCUGACGGCAGUCACGAGCGAGCCCGAGGCAGCAGCAGCUGCUGCCGCGGAGGGACUGCAGCAGCUGCUCAUCAGCAGUUGCAGCUUGGUCACAGCACCCUCCUUUACCAGCCUGCAGCGGCAGGAGUCGGCAGGUCCUGCCGAUUCUGCAGCUAUUGCUGGCAGCGUUGCAGCGGCUGCCUUGCGCCCAUCAGAGCGCGCCCCAGAGUGCACUGCUAUGGGGGUACAUGGCAGCAGCAAUGACAGCAGCGGGAACGGGAGUGCAGCCGCUGACGUGCAACUCCGGCCGCCACCGCCGCUUCAGCCUAACCCUGACACUGCUCCCCACCACCACCGGCCGCGCGGCGCCUCGGAGCCACUGCUCAAGCUGCCUGCGCUCCCGCCAGCACCCAUCUUGCCGGCGCCAGCGCGGCCCCCGCUGCCUCCUGCAGGUCAAGCAGCAGCACCGUCAGAAGGCACCUGCUCUGCAACCUCCUCCUCGCCCGCGACCACCACGCCAUUGCCUGCGCUUCCAGCCCCUUGGCUGUCACCCGGACACGCCUCAGCCUCGGCCAGCGGCGGCGCCAGUCCUACGUCGCCCUACUACGGCAUCGGCGUGAGCAGUGCCCGGGCCGGCCGGCGGUUGACAGCUGAACGGCAUCCUUUUGCGCGAGGGUCGUCUCCGGGCGGCGCCGCUGGCGGCUCUGAGCUGGAUGAUGGCGAAGGGCCGCUGAGCCCCAGAACCCGCCGCCGCCAGUUGGCAGGCCUAGACUCGCCAACGGUAAUCCAACUUCGCCAGCUGCUAGGACUGGGGCUAACGGACAGUACCGGGCCGCUGCCUCUGCUGCCUCUGCCCGAGGGCAGCAGCGGGAGAGCCCUGGGCGCGGGACGGCGGGGCCGCAGAGGUAGCGGCGUCGGUAGUGGGAUGGUGUCUCCCAACAGCAGCAGCCAGCGGAACCUGAUGCAGAUGGCAGAGCAGCAGCAGCAACAGCACGCGGUUGGAGGAAAGGGCGGCCCGCGGCGGCAGCUGUCCUCACCCACGCUGCAAGCGGCAUCGGCCAGUGGGAGUGGUUGCUCCUCGUCAGGCGGCGGGGCCAGCCCUGCGGUCGCUAUGAGUCGCAAAGCGGCAGCAGAAGCGGCGGUGUCGGCGGCGUCGACAAUCUCGGAGUCAGGCGCUGUGGCGGGUCUGGCCUUGCCGCAGGUUGCCUGUGAAGCGUCUGCCGCCUCUGCACCGCUGCCUUCCGUGGCCGCCGCAGCGGCUGCGGCUGCCUGCCCGUCUGACCUCCUGCGCCUCGGCGCUCCAAACGCCGAGGCCAGCGACGACGGCUGCGGUGUGUGGACCCACCGCUUGAGCGAUUGCCACAUAGAUGGUGGCGCGGACAGCGGCUCCAGCUCCGGUGCGCCGCUGAGGCUAGGCGUCGGCACCGGGGAUGUUGCUGCUGCUGCCGCUGCUGCUGCCGCUGCUGCUGCCGCUGCUGCUGCCGCUACUGCUGCCGCUACUGCCGGGGCAACGGACAGUAGCAGGAGCGCCCCUGCCAUGGGCACGCCAGUUGAGGACACGCCCCAGGUUCCUAUGGCAUCUAGUGGAUCUGCAGCGACUGGCGCAAGCACAGUCGCAGAGGCCGCGGCCGCCGAGGCCGGGGCCCAAGCGGCAGUGGCGGCUGCUUUCACGCCCCCAACAUCAGCCCCUUCUGGCGCAGCUGCCGCGACUGCGGCGGGUGGCGCGGCGGAGGCUGGGACCAAGUCUGCGGCAUCGUCGCUGGAGGUCUCGCUGCGGACGCUGGUUGUCAACCAGCACCGGAAGGACGCACUGCAUGAGACGCCGCCGCCGCAGUCCGCUGCUUCAGGCGCACCGCUGUCCACACCGCCGCCGCCGUUGCCUUCAACGGUACCGCCUGGCUCUGAAGCUGCCAUGGAUCCAGAGGCUGGGUCUAAAGCUGACAGCAGGACUGGCGCUCCGGCCGUACUGGCAUUGGCUGAGCCGGCUUUGUGCCGGCCGGUGACCCUGCCGCUGCCUGUAGCACUGCGCCUGCCGGGCCUCACGUCUACGCCUCACCUCAGCACUACUGCUCAGGACGGCACACCACCACGCGGCGGUAGCAGUAGCGCCGCCGGCAGUAGCGCAGGAGGCGGCAGCAGCAGCGUAGCCUGGCCUGUUGUCGGCCAUCCCGCUCCAAGUGCGCUCGCGGGUGCGGCGGUUGCGAAGGAGGCCAGUGCCACUGCUGCCCCAACCGCCGCGUCAGCGUCACAGCCGGGGCCUCCAACUAGCACUGCUCGGUCGCAAUCCGUGGCCGGAAGCGCUGUGCACGUCCCUUCCCCGUUCGCAACUAUGGCUGCACCGCCUGCCUUCAGCCCCCACAGCUGGCAGCCGCUGCGGGCCCAGAAGUCUCUACCCUCACAGCUGACGGAGCUGACGGAGCUGAUGGGGCCGCAGCAGCCUUCGCCACACGGUGCGCAGAACAGAUGGCAGGUCAGGACGGCGCAGAGCUGUGGCAGCAGUGGGAUGCGUGCGGGCGGCGUCAGAGGCGCGGCAAUAGCACCCGUAGAUGGAGCGGCAGGGCCACGCGGCACCAUUUCACGGCCGCGCGGCUUUGCGCGGAGCAGCGGCGGCGUCCGUUCACAUGGCAGCAGCAGCGGCGGUAGCUCACGCGGCAGCAGCAGGAAAGCGCUGCUUGGGAGCGUUCCGGCAGAGGGCGCGGCGGUUGCAGGAGUUGUGGGGGAGGCGCGAGCCUCCAUCGCGCGUGCGAUGGCUGCGACAGCCAUCUUCACUUCCUCUCGGCGCAUCCUGUCCGUGCCAGAAGGUUGCCAGUUCGAAGCUGCAGCUGCCGACAGCUCCAUACGCCACGGAAGCAACAGCGCUACCGCGCCACUGCCUGUGUUUGGCAGACGCAGUCUUGCGGCAUUCCAGCGCCGCAGCUCGAGUGGCGUAGACAGCGUGGGCAGCGCCGGCGGCGGGAGUAGCAGCUGUGCGCAACUGCUCCCACCGCAAUGGAGCAGUUCCAUUGCCGGGCGGUCGUCGUGGGCCGGCGCUGCCGGUAGCAGCACCGCAACUGCCACGGCGCAGGCAUCGCAGGGGACUAGCAGGAGCAACGCCGGUUGCCACGGCGACAGGUCUGUGCCGAUGAGGCGCCAGCAGCUUUCGCUUUCCAGCCUGCUUGCUGCUGCUGGGUUCGGCAAGGCGGCUAGCCAAGCCAAGCAGCAGCCCUUGCGCGGCCUGUCCGGCUGCAGUAGCGCUGAGGCCACCAGUGCUGGCUACGUCGGCAACCGGCCCCGAGCCGCCAACCCCAGCGAGCCCCUUGCCAGCGCCCCACCUCUGCAGCCGAAGCCCAGCACUGCGACAGCGCUGCGGCGCACCACCAGCGGCCCCCUGCUCCUGCGCGACGCAGUUGCAGCGCUGCACGGCUCGCCGCAGCCCCCAGUGCCCGGCGGGCUGCCGCCCAAGGCUGCCAGUGCCGGGCCCGCUGCUCCUGCGGCUGGGCGCUCAGGCGUGCCUUACAGGGAUGCCGGCUUGGAGGUGGCGCUGGCCGUGGCACGGGGCUGCGAGGCGUGGCUACCAGACCAUGUGCGACGCCCUCCUGCUGGCCCUGCUUUGCAUGCGGGCUCAGGCGAGUGUGCAGUGUCGGUGUCUGCAUCCGGAGCCGCCUCUGCAGUCGUGCAGGAGAGCUCCGCACAACCGGCGCCAGCGCUUACCGCAUCCACCGCGCUAGCCGUGCCCCGGCCAGCCGCGGCAACACCUGCAGUAGCUCCAGAAGCAGCAGGUGCAACCAUCGCCCUGCCAGUGCAACCAUUACAGGCCUGGGGCGGGGCCACCAGCAUCAGCAUCCGCAGCACGAGCCUGCUGCACAACUCCAGCACUGCAUCUGGCCUGAGCCCGACCGCUGCGGGAGCCUCGGGCACCACCAUUUCAUGGCCUCGCUUCCUCGCGCCAACGCCCACAGGCCCCGCCAGAGCCACGCCACCCUUUGCAGCCUCCGCUGCUACAGCCUUCACACCACCUGCUUCAGCCACUCCCAGGAGCUGCAGCCCGCGCUCAGCGUUCUGCCUGCCUGGGGAUCUCCGGGGCUUCCACUCGGACGUGCUUCCCCUUCACCCAGACAGCAAUCCCGCUAGCGCAUCUCAACCCCACCGCCAGCAAUCGGAGCUUGGCCUGCCAGCCACGGUGCUUACGCCCAGUGGCGCGCCAGCCUUUUGCAUACGGUUGCAGCAGCGAGGCCCGCGCGGCAGUAGCAGAAUGGGUGAGAUGCUACUGCCGAUCUCUGCCCCCGUGGAGCUGGGCGCGGACAUGUUUGGCGAGGUAGACACGGCGGCGGGCACAGUCUGCGUGCCUGAGGACGCGCGCAACGCGGCUUUGCUGCUGGACUCAAUGCUGUUCGGCAUGAGCGGGCGUGAUGAGAAGGCUGCUACCGCGGAUGGCCGAAGUCCCCGUGGCCUCGGCGGUCCGCACCGCAGUGCAGGUGUCGGUGGCCAGCCGACGCACGGCAUGGUGCGCGAACAGCAGCAGCUUCGACCUGGUGGCGCCGUGGGUGCCGCGGUGGCUGUGCGUGCCAAGGGAUUGAAUCUGACAUCCGCUCCAGGUGAACAGCGGGAAGCAGUGGCCCUGUCAGAUUCGGCAGGCGGUGGCAGCAACACGACUGCCGCUGAAGACACCGCCUCAGCCACGGUCACAGCCGCAACCGCACUGGCGGCGGCCAGGCAGAGCAUAGAUGUAGCAGCGGCGCCAGGUGGGGAGGUCGACACAGACCCUUGCCUCUUUAUUACCCUAAUGCUCAUGAGCCGUGGCGGCCCUGGCAGCAACGCGGACGCGAGCGACACAGCAGUCGGGGACUCGGCAUCCGCUCUGGGGGGCGUGCUAGGCACCGUCAAUGGCGGUGGUGGCGGCACGGCUGCAACCGUGGGCCCUGCAUCCCAUCUGCUGUCCUCAGCCGCGGCCAGCUCCUUCGACUUCACAGCUGCGGCUGCUGUGGCGGUGGCGGCGGCAGCGGCUGCUGCGGCGGCGGCAAGGCCGCCCGCGCGCACAGGCGCCAGUAAAUGGCGGCCUGCAGCGGGCCUAGCGGCGCCGUCGGAAGUGGACGAACAUCAGCCCCGGGACUUUGCCUUGAGCUCAGGGAUGGCACCACCUACGCAGAACCUGCAAACUGCACCAUCGACGCCGGCAUUCUUGAAGAGCGCAAGCGCCCGAACAGAAGCGAGGCUGGGGGAGAGGGACGAGAAUGCAAGUGGCAAGGCUGUCAUUCAGCCCGCCAUCGUGCUGCCGAUGGGCACGCAGUUGGGCAUGGCUUCGCGACGAGCAGCAUCGGGGCCGGGAACGUAUCCGGUGUUGCUGAGCGCGCACGCGCCAUCGCGGGCUGCAGGAGGCGGAGCCGCAGCAGGCGGGGCGGCAACGCUGCAGGCCGCCGAUGGGCAGCAGGCGCGGCAACCAGGAUCCGGGCAGGAGCCUGCAGCUGCUUCAGCCCAGCUUGGCGUUCCAUCCGCUCAGCAGGUGCUGGCGCAGGGGCACCGGCAGAUGUCUGUGAGGCCCUCGCUGCCGGAAGCUGAGCGGUGCGUGGAGCCGCCACCGUUGCCGCUAUCGCCACGAAGUGAAUGCGGUGAAAUUCUGCGCGCUGGGGGCGCAACUGCUGCCGACCCGCCGCCAAAGAAAGGGCGUAUGUGGUCUCUUUUCAGCGCGUUGCGCCGGCAUACCCAACGAAAGUAGGACUGGCAAGAAUGCAUUGUUGUCUGCUAUGCAUGCGUGGAGUGUAUGCGUCAGCGCAUAUGUGUCAACCGGUUAUGUGUUGCUGAUCGUUCGUUUGGGCAAAACGACAAUGCGCGCCGUAGUGGGUAAAAAAGUAUGAAAGGGCCCAGAUCCAUGUCAAGAAAUGCUCGUCAGGCCAUUGCCGUGUGCGGGAUAAGGUUGGGAGGGUGGACGUGUAUGUGAAUCUAGCUAGUCUACUUUUAUUGGCCGGUCAUAUGUUACGGCUGGUAGUCAGGUUGCAGGAGUGGUCAUCUGAGAGGCUUUGUUUUUGUUGUCGGGGCUUCGCACUUUCUGAAUGACAUGUGGGAAUGCAUGCGUUGGGCCGCCGAUGCCAGAUGUGCAUGUCCUUGGCUUAAGCCAGGAAACGUACACGGCCGGUGUGUAUGCGAAGAAGAUGAAGGGUUUCGGUGUAUUGGUGAGUGGUGCAUGGCAGGCCUAGUGGCGUGACCGUGUGCAGCUGCGAUGGAGCAGGACCCAGUCAUGGAGGUACUGGUCGAAUGAAGUACCGUGCGGUACGCUUGCAGUGAUGUUGUGUAGAGAUUUGCGUUGCGUCAAGGAGUACAGACACCGCGGCCGUUUCAUCUU